CUCUGACAUCCCGCUCGCCUCAGACUGUACCAGUGCAUCUUCUGGUAUCUCUCUACAUCACAUCAUCAGUGAAAAACACCAAGAUGGCCGAGAAGAACCCACUUAUCGAGGCAUUGCCUCCUGCGACCGAUUACCUCAGUUAUCUCACCAUCAUCGAGUAUAACCUCAAUCCAGAGUCACUUCCCACGCUUCACCAAGUACUGCAAGACACCAAGUUAACCACUAACAUCGGUUGGGAUCUUGUACAUCUACUCGUUCCUAUGCUGCCCAACUCAAAUGAGUGCCUACAGGAUAUCGCGCGCCUUGGCAACCCGCGCGAGGUCAUCUUGAAAGUGACCGAGUCCCUGCGCCUGAUCGAUUUCCAGGGCCUGGAGCCGGACACAGAAGACGAUGAGCCUAUUGCUGGUCAAGAGACCACCCCGGCCUACCAUCCGGCCAAGACUGAGCCUGUGGAAGGCAAUGCUGGCAAGACUACUCAAGCUGUCGAGACGCCUGCACCUCUACCCCUUCCCGUACUGCAGUUCACCAGCCUGUUGUCGAUGCUGUCAAUCUUGCACGCCCGCAUAAAAACGAAAUACCCUAGUCGUUUCUUGGCGACAACACUCCAAUCCGUGUUGGCAUCUUUCUCGAAUGCUGAAAAGCACAAGGAGGAAAUGAUCGCAUCUAUCAUUCAGUUCGUGAAGAGCGUUUCCGGAACCAAGCGUCCCAAUCUGCCCCCUCGCAAGAGCAGUACCCAAAUCCUGACCGCAACUCCUCAAGCAUCAGCACCUGAUCCUGAGUCCGAUACAGCAGCAGAGUCUCCAUCUGCGAGCGAGACUGCAAUUCAGAAGCGUCUCUUCCAAUCGUUCAUCACUCAUGUUUUCGAAGACUAUGUGCUUUCCUUGACUUCUGAUCGCGACGCACCUGGUCUGGCGUGGUGUAGCCGAUUACAAGAGAAGUUACACCCAGAGCGUACCGUUCCCGGCAAGCCCUCAAUGACUGAUAGCUUCAUUCUGGACGAGGAGCUCGCUUCGAGAUUGACAGCCGUGGGAGGUCUGGUCGCUUUGGCUCGCGAUCUUGGACUGGAAAGACAGGACCUCCUCCCUGCCAUGGAGAAUGCCGAUCCAGGCCACUCUAUCGUACCCGAGAAUGAAGAUGAGUUCCCCAAGACUGCGACUGACAUUCCUCUGUCAAAGGUGGGCUCGCUCUUCAUGUUCGCUGCUGCACACGUCGCCACUGUGCUUUACUCCACCCCAAAGCCCAAGGAUGCGUUCAGCAUCUUUCCUGAACACCAAAAGCUUCUGAAAAAUUACAUUGCAAGCUCGUCUGACAUGGGAUCAACUAUCGGUACCGAGCCCGAAGCUAUGCUCGACGCUGUCUUGGCCCUCGCCGUACUUGCCGUGGAGGAAGACAAUGUUGGCCAGCCAGCAGACAGCGAGGAGUUCAGUCAAUACUUGCAAUAUCUUUCUCUGAUCUCAUCGAAUUCUCCUUCUCCUAGUAUCCGCUACCAUGCUUUCUAUCUGGCAUCGACCAUCUUGAGAUCGAACCCUUCCGACGUUGAGAGACUCGCUUUCAUCAAGGACACUCUUGAGCAUUGUCCAUUCGAUAAUCUCAAGGUUGCAGCGAUCAGUUGGGUUAAGGGUGAGACUAUCGAGGCCAAUCCUCCCACUCCUAUUCCCACACAGGUAUCGGGACAGGAGAAUUCGGCUCAGGACGGAAAGGGCGACGCUUCUGUCUUCGCAACACCAGUAGCGUUGGACAGCCUAGCACCUUACUUGUUCCCCGAUCUUACACACGACCUCACUGCAAACAGCAUCACCGAGUCCUGGUUUACCUUUCAGCAGAGUCUGCACUUCUAUCUGGCGUCGCUUAACUUCUACUAUCUACUCCUGUCAGCCCAGCAUCUCCACAACCCGCUUUCCAUCGGAGAUUUACACUCCAACAAUGAUGUAGCAGGAUCGUUCUUGCAACCUCUCAGAGCUGCGUCGGCUCGUUUCAAGGAGGGCAAGGCCAAUGGCGAAUUGGCCGAUGUCUGGGAGGAAACCGGAGGCGACGACACUCACAUGGCUGAGCUUGGCUUACUAGACGUGACGCUGGAAAAAGUCACAGCUGGUGUUGCUCGUCUAAAUCAGGCCCACGUAUAGUGCUCGCACUACCUGUUAGCUCUGAGGGUUCAUAUAAGUUGGUGAACAGGCUACAUCAAGAGACAGCCAAACUUGUGUUGAAUAGAGAAGUGUAAUAAAAUUUCAAACAACAAUGUGAACUGUGACACUGUGAUAGUGCGCUUCCAGAGUGCAAUCAAUAAUUCAAACCCUGGCCUUGAUACCUGUCCGAGCAAAAGGCACGCCGUGGCUGAAAGCAACAUAUGCAUCCCACACUUCUCCGGAGUCUGGUUCAUCAUGAUCUUCAUAUCUUAAUUCUGUGAGGACACACUCGAGUACCUAGUAAAGCUAUCAUUCGAAUC